AUGUCAGAACCUUCUGCUUCGAACCAAAAUGAUCACAAAGAAAAUGAAAUGACAAGCAAAGACUAUUAUUUUGACUCGUAUGCUCAUUUUGGUAUACAUGAGGAAAUGUUAAAGGACGAAGUACGAACCCUUUCAUAUCGCAAUUCCAUCUAUCAGAACCGUCACCUUUUUAAAGAUAAAAUAGUUCUAGAUGUUGGAUGUGGUACUGGGAUUCUAUCUAUGUUCGCCGCGAAAGCGGGAGCUGAACACGUGUAUGGGAUUGACAUGUCGAAUAUCAUUGAUCAAGCUCGUCAGAUCGUUAAGGAUAACAGAUUAGAUGACAAGAUCACGCUCAUAAAAGGCAAAAUGGAAGAAGUUGAGUUGCCGGUACAGCAGGUGGACAUUAUCAUCUCCGAAUGGAUGGGUUACUUUUUGUUGUAUGAAUCGAUGUUGGACACUGUUCUGGUUGCCCGGGAUAAAUAUUUGAAACCUGGUGGUCUUGUAUUUCCCGAUAAGGCAACAAUAUAUCUCUCCGCUAUUGAAGACGGUGAAUAUAAAGACGAGAAAAUAGGAUUUUGGGAUAAUGUUUAUGGAUUUGAUUUUAGUUCAAUCAAGUCUGUUGCACUUCGAGAGCCUUUAGUAGACACUGUUGACUGUAAGGCUGUAGUAGCAAUGCCAUAUGCUGUAAAGGAAAUCGAUAUUCUUACCGUCCAAAAAUCGGAUCUUAAUUUCACGGCUCCAUUCAAGUUAACCGCCACGCGAGAUGAUUAUAUUCAUGCUUUUAUUGCUUGGUUUGAUAUUGCUUUUACAGCAUGCCAUAAACCAAUUCAAUUUAGCACAGGCAAGAACUUUUAUUAUUACGAAUUCGAUUUUUUAUUUAUUCAUUGA